CUGACGGGAUGUCCCUGUGGACUCCCAAACUCACUGCAGCUGGGGAGGGGCUCCUUGAUACCAAGAGUUUAAAAGUCUCGACUUCAGAACAAGAUGAGAAAACUCACAGGUAAAUCUAUAAUUACUGCAGAGUUCUGAAAAGAAGCAGAACAUGAAGGGACUCAGAAGUCUGGCAGCGACAACCGUGGCUCUUUUCCUGAUGUUCUCUUUCCUGGGAAACUCGAGGAGCGCCCCGCAGGGACUAUUUGAGAGAAGGAACUGGACUCCUCAGGCCAUGCUGUACCUGAAAGGGGCCCAGGGGCACCGCUUCAUCUCCGACCAGAGCCGGAGGAAGGACCUCUCUGAUCGGCCACUGCCGGAAAGACGAAGUCCAAAUCCCCAGCUGCUAACUCUUCCUGAGACAGCAGCCCUGUUACUGGCUUCCUUGCAGAAACCACAAGAAGAUGAAGAAGAAAAUUUUGAUCAAACCAGAUACCUGGAAGGCAGUCUGCUAAACUGGUGAAGAUAUAACAAAUUGGGUUCAAUGAUAGUUCUAUUCUGUUGAAAAUACGAACCAUGUGAAUAAAACGCUUGGCCCCUUUUU